AAUCUCGGCAGUCGACAAGACAGUAGCUCACAAAACGUCGGCCACCUUCUACCAACUCGAUAUCACCGAAAUUCUCCGCGUUCGACAACAAUGCCUAAGCCAUAGAGAUCGCAGCGCCUAAAGGUUAUCUCUCUUUUCGAAAAUAGCCCAAAGCGGCGCAGGCGCUCGAUCACCCUGCUCCCAAACAAAGGCGACGCCCGAGACAAGAUCGGCUUCGAGAGGGCCGAAACUGUUAGUUUGUUGAACUCUUCGGGGGCUCCCCAUUCUUCAUCUGUCAAUUUGAUAAGCGUCUCCGACAAAGCGAACAAGAAACAUCGUCGGAUCUAGUCAGCUGCUCCUUCGGUCGGUCAGUCAGUCAGUAUCGCUGUUGCCCCGGCAACAGACGUUCGCCUACGACAACACAGAAUAGAACCCCGGUUCAUAGAAAAUUCUCCGUUUGCGCGAAUGAGGUGAAAACAAGAAAACUUUUAAAAACCAGUGAUUUUUGGCGUAUCGACGAAGAUGUGGUCGGGACGCGUUUUGCCGUUGUUCGUGCUGGCGUUUGCCGCGUCCGGUCACUGCUUGGGGGCGCAACACGUCGUGGACAUCGUGGGGAUGUCCAAGGAUGUGGUCGUCGGCCUGGACAAGGUGUGGGACAUUGUGGAAGGACAGAUAGACAGGGACAUGCCGGUCCCUUUGAGGAACAAGGGGGAGGAGAGGCUGUUCAGGAAGAUGAACAAGCUGAACAUCAAGCUGGACGAAUUGUCGUCCGAGGUCAAGAAUGUGGGCGACCACACCCUGGCCACCCUGAUGCGCACCAUCCCCGAACACAUGAGGCUCGAACUCCGGCUGAACGACCUGCACGACUACAUCACCAGGGUGCACAUCAGCUACUCCAGGAUGCAGCACUACGUCAGGGCGGCCCACAAGUACGAGCAGCUCACGAUGGAGGACUUCGCCAAGAAGAUGAUCUCGCACGACAUCAACUCGGUGAUCAGCCUGAUCGAGAGGAUACAUGCGUUCGUCGCGCCCCAAGACGAGGGUUUCAUCAACACCGGCAUCUUGGAACUGCUGGCCAGGACGUUCGACGAGGAAGCCACAGCGAUAAUCUGCGGCAACAACCAGCCUCCGCAACAGAUCCUGUACAAUCUAUUCUCCACCAUCGCUGUGACGGAGAUCAAAGGCUACUCCAUGAUCCAAUUCUCAUACAUGUUGCUGAAGAUGUACGGAAGAGGUAACUUCACCAAGGAAGCCGCCAUAUCCAAGAUGAAGUUCAAGGAACGCACCAACAAGUCUUUCGAGAUAGCCAAGAACGCCAUGAAGGAGGCUUCCAGGGAAUACUGGAGAUGCGACCCACGCAAGCACGUCAAGGGAGAGACGUACGAGGAGCUCACGGAAUUACUGCAGGGCUACAUAAUCAACGAGGUCGACAUGAACAGGGACAACACGUGCAGAGAGAACUGCGGCGAGUACCAGUACGCCAAGAUGUACGGUUGCUUCAAGAACCUGUUCUGCAGGCAGCAGAGACCGUGCAAGGGUAAGAUCCUGAACUGCAAAUACGUGGACUCGGACAUGGAAGUCUGUAUCGCGGGAGAUAAGAGCAACCGAAGGUACGAGUCGAUAGAGUACGAGAACGGUUUGGUCUACGGCAGAAGACAGUCUUGUCAGAAUGGUGCCACCAAAGUCAACAGCUGGUGGAGAUGGUUGUUCUGGCACUGCUCCUACUGCAUGUGCAUCUGCGACGAGCAAGGGCGUUACUCCGAUAGGUACUUCAACAUGAGACCAGUACUAUCGGACGUCGAAGAAAACAAGGUCGUCACCGGUCUACGUUUCGUCAAGAAGAACCGCAUCAUCCACCUGCAGAUCCAGCAGGGUACCCUCGAAGAGUUCGGCAACGUCGACCCGAACAGCCUCACGUGGAAACAUGUUGACAACUACACGAUCUCGGACAGAUCCGUGUACAGCGGCAAAGACUACCACAUCAUGACUUGGGAAAAACGCUCGCUCGAUCUGGACGACUUGGAGGCCGACCAAGAUCACGUGCUCACCGGGAUCAAAUUCAAGGAGAUCGGCUCCCACCUGAACUUCGAGAUUCACACCACACCCUUCAACUACACCACCGGCAAACUGGACCCGACCAAGAGCGUGUGGAAGGAUAAUCCCAACACGGACGCGUCCCCUAGGAAACCUAGGAGCAAGGUGCUGAUGUACAACCCGGAUGUUCCGACACGUACCCCUACCCCCUCGAUAAAGCUAUCCCGCUCGGACCAGUUCAUAGAGUUCACGCACACAGACUUCGAGAGGGACGCCGCCCAGACCACUGUGCCCUUCUUGGACGCCCAGCCGGUGUCGCUGAUGAAACCAGUGGCGUUGUCGGGGGCGGGGCUAUUCUACAAGGGCAGGAUCAACUUCGGAGGCUUCGUGACGCCCAAAGUGAUCGCGUACGAUUACUCAGAGCACCUGGACCCGAUCUUCCCGGAACCGAUUCCCAUAGAUUCGGACGAGUUGGUGCCCAUGGUGAGCAUCGAGGCGUUGGAGACGGAGUCGCCCGUCCAAGUGAAAUACCAAUGAAUAUGCAUAUUCCAGAUAAUAUCUUUAGAGAAUACAUUGAUUUAUACUCAUUUUUUUUUUCUGUAGGCAUAAAGUAGUAGCGAUAAAUUCAAUAUAAAAUGUGAUAAACGAAUGUUUAGUCUGUGAGGUGGUAACACAAAGUCAAUUUAAGGUGAUGAAAUGCUAACCUAUGGCAAUCACUGUAUUUUCCAUCGUUUAUGAAACAUGUGAUAUGUGUAACUUUAGUUUUUUCCAAGCAUGAAUUUAUUUAUAUAGUCCGUUCUUGGAAAUGAUGAGUUGAUCUGAUGGUUGAGCUAGUUUUUAUCUCUAGUUUUGAAACGCCCAAAACGCCUAGGUUUCAGUUUCGUUAUCUAAUCAGAAUUUCAGUUACAAUUAAAGUUAGUAUACAAAUGGGACCAUCAGAUGCCAUUUUUUAUAUUUUAAUCUGUUAGUUUAUAAUUCAUAUUGAAUAUUUAGUAAGAUAAAUACUGAAUAAUUGUGAGUGUCAAAAAGAAAGAAAGUAUCUUUAUUUACCCCUGAUAUUUUGCAUCUCGAAUAAUGAUUUGUUUAUGAAACUUUAUGAUCAAUAAAUUAUUGAUUCCAAAUGAAA